GAUCGCCGGAAGUUACCGAGGACUUUGCCGGAACUUGCUUCCGGAUUGGAGCGCUCUUCGGGAGACCCGGAAACACCCGAAAUAGCCCGGAAAGAAUCGCCGGGCGAGGGUAGCACCCGCGCAACUCCCCCCUUUGCCCUCCCUCCCUCCCCUCAUUUGGGGUUCUGGAUACUGAGCGGAAGUGGCCGGAAACGCACGACUGCGAACGAAGCGCGGGCGGAGAUUCUCGAGCGAAGUCGAAGGCGGUGUCGGAGGUCGUCUCAGAGCGCCGAAGCCCCCUCCGGAAGUUUCCGAACGCCCCCGAAGCUCCGGGGAGGGCAGGCAGCGGCGCCACACAAGAUGGCGGACGGGGAGGAGGUUACUCUGGACGGGAGGCCGCUCCAGGCGUUGAGGGUCGCCGACCUGAAGGCGGCUCUGGAGCAGCGCGGCCUGGCGAAGAGCGGGCAGAAGAGCGCGUUGAUCAAGCGCCUCCGCGGGGUGAGAGAAAGGGCCCGGCGGAAGGGGGCCCUGGGGCCCGGGCCGCUCCGCGCAUGCGCAGACCCAGACAGGCAGUUUUUUGGCCUCAGCGACGGGGCUCGUGGCCCCGGGGUGCAGAUCGUUACUACGCAUGUGCGGGGCAGUAUCCCACUACUGCCACCAAGUGGCGGGGCGAGGUUGUGCGGGGCGCCACCGGUUGCACAAGUGGGGGGGGGGGGAGGACGGUGCCCACACCACCAAAAGGAGAGGGCCCCCCACUUCUGACAUCACUUUGGGGUCACCCAGCAGGAGGAGGGAGUGGAGGUUCUCCUUUAAAAAAAUAGGGGGGGUAGAUCUCGUGAAAGCUGUAUCUCUUGUUACUAAAUCAAAGCGCGAUUGGCAUCCAGUGUUGGAGGGAAAGUGGUAGGUUUUAUAACCCAUUAAAUUACAACCAUAUCCCUUUUCAGUUUCACCUUUCACCCUUGCAAAAUUAUUUUUUGAGGGCGGAUGUCCCCUUGGUUAAUUCUCUGUGUUUUAUACCUUCAUUGAGCUUCCCUGGCAAAUGUUACAGACGGUUAGGACGAGCCAGGUGAGCUUUGCAAGAGCUGAGCUGCUUGUGUUGGAGCUCUCCCAGUUGAAGACGCCUUGCAUUUUUAUUUUACGUAAAGUUUCUGCAAAAUGUUAAAAGUGUGCAGAGGGUUUUGCGAGUAUCUCCCUUGAGCAUGUUGAGAACUUUGCACAAGGUCGGCUCCAAGUCUUUCAACUUUAGAACUGUGCCCCGCUGAAAGCAGGCAUUUCUCUAUUCUGUCCAUGUACAACGGUGCAAAGGAGUCUUGUGUUUGGAAUGUAAUAUAAGUAAAUGGAAGCAGAAUCUGUGAAUGUAUCAGAAGUAUAGGGAGUCCAGAGUGAGGGAUUGGGAACCUGUGCAUUUUACCCUGUGUGGACUUUCUUUCUUGAUGCCAUGGGGCAGGGAGUGAGCAAUUGAAAAGGAAGACAAGUUGUGGUGCCCUGUCCUGGGCAAAAGUUCGUUAUGCUCUGAUUUUGGGGUCAAAUGGAUGUAUGGGAUAAAUGGAUAUUGCUUGUUCUUAUGUCAUGUUAUUGGAACUGUUCCCAGACUGUACGUGUGUGCAUGUGUGGUGUUAUCCUUUCCCCCCCUUCCUUGACUUAAAUACUGUGAUAGUAACACCUGCUGAGUUCAUGGCAGAGGUAAGAUUGGAACCCAGGGCUUUCCUGCUUCACUGUUGAAUCUCUUGGGUUACAGUAUCUCUCAGUCCUCUGGGUGUCAGCGCUUUUCUGGCUGCUUACAGUGUAGUACUAUGCCAGUUUUCCAAUUUGUGAAUAAUCCCUGCUGUGCUUGGUGCACCUUUGUGGCACGUAAAUUAAUCAAAGCCUUUGGCGUGUAGCUGCAAAUUUGGAUUAUAGAAGCAUACGAAGAACCUAGCUGCUGGAUCAGGGCACAGGCCCAUUUAGUUUUAACGUCCUGUUCUCGCUAGUCUGGUGUCCUGUUCUCCAGCAGAUGCCCAAGGGAAACCUGCAGGCAAGACCUGGACACAACAGCACUCUUCCUACUUGAGUCAUACCGCCUCUUGACAGUGGAGCUAGACCAUAGCCAUAUCCUUCAUUAUAAGGCAGUGUGAUGUAACACAUAGAAUUGUAGAGUUGGAAGGGACCACAAGAAUCAUAUAGUCUAACCCUUUUGCCCAACCUGGGGCUCAAACCCACAACGCGGAGAGUAAGAGACUCUUGCUCUCAAAUGGGCCCUCAAAUGCAGGUUUGAGUUGAAAGUGGGUGCAGUGUCCAGAAGGGUUGAAGACUAUUGGUGUAACAGGUUACUGUGUUGUACAGUGGUACCUCGGGUUACAUAUGCUUCAGGUUACAGACUCCACUAACCCAGAAAUAUUACCUCGGGUUAAGAACUUUGCUUCAGGAUGAGAACAGAAAUCGUGCUCCGACGGCGCAGCAGCAGCAGGAGGCCUCAUUAGCUAAAGUGGUGCUUCAGGUUAAGAACAGUUUCAGGUUAAGAACGGACCUCUGGAACGAAUUAAGUACUUAACCCGAGGUACCACUGUACUAGAACUGGGAGACUUGGGUUCUAAUUGCCAUGCACCUGUGAAGCACAUUCGGGGUCAGUAUCUCAGCCUCACCUACCUCACAGGGUUGUUGUGAGGUUAAAACAGGUGGCGUACGAGUUCCCUGAAGGAAGGGCAAGACAGGCAACAUGGGGCUGUGUGUGGUGAGUCAGUUACGUGUUACAUGAAUCCUAUUUGCACUUACUUCAUUGCACAUGCGUGAUUCUUUCUGCGUUAAUAGACUCUGUUUGGGCGGGAGUCAGAUCUUAAUUUGAGCUGCAACUUGUUAGGAUUCGGGGCUGAAAGUACCGAGAGAGCCCACCAUGGAACCUGCACUGUCCUCAUAAAGAGUCGCUCUUCCAUCAGUGGCUAUAACUCAGAGAGGCUGCCAGGUGGGCUUGAGCCCCAGUAACUCUCUUUGUAAAAAUUAGCCAUUGGUGGAAGCGCUGAAUUAGGCAAGGCUUGCGCUACAGAAUCAGUAACUUCUCUUGAGAAUUACUUGUGCUUAGAUACAAUGCCGUUGCAUUUUUUGAGUGUCAGUAUGUUUCUGGCUGGCACUGUAAAUUCCCCCAUCUGUGUAAAGAACUCGCUUCCUCCUGUAUUCUGCAUGUUUUCUGUUGAUUUGUUCUUCUGGCUGGAGUACUUUGGCCCCCAAGAGAUUUGGUCAAUUGACCAAAUGAAAGUAUCUUUAAAGAUAGUUUAAAUUGUGACCAACAGGUUGUAUGUGAAAUUCAAAACAUUAAUUAGAUGGCUGUCAUUUGUUGAAGAAUAUAUAUAUUUAUUAGAUGCACGUUUCCCUCAAGGAACUCAGUGUGGCAUUCAUGGUUAUCCUGCCAUUAUAUCUGCACAACAACCCUGUGAGGUAGGUUAAAUUGAGGGCAUUUAAUAGGCCCGGCAUCACCUAAUGAGCUUCAUGGCUGAGUGGGGAUUUCAGCCUAGAUCUCCCUGGCCCUAGUCAUGAGAUCAUACAAUAGUAGAGUUGGAAGGGAUCCUGAGGGUCAUCUAGUCCAACCCCCUGCCAAGUCUCCAAACUCUACUCACUAGGCAUUAGCUUUUGUUGCCGAUUACUUCUUGUGCCCCUGUUUGAAGAUGCCUGCAGUUAAUAGGAAGUGUUCACUAUAAGAAGCAUUGCUUUUUUGCAGUUGGGUUUUGCAGGCGUAACAUGACAGUGUACUGAAAUUUUAAAAAAGUAAACACCUUUACAUUGGUAUUCAGAGCCUCAUGGACUAUUUGACCAUGGUCAAAUAAUGAGCCAAGUAACAACUGACAAGUGCACCGAUCCUACUUCUUGCCACUGUUUUAGUCGGACUUGAUGUUCUGAAUUUCAGGCAAGAGUGGAAAUUUGUCCUUGUUUUCAUCACUGAAUGACAUGGAUACCUGAUUUCAACUUUCUUAUUAUAGUAGACCUCAUUCUGUGUGUGCAGUAGGGGUUGUCCUUGCUUCUGAUUAGGUAACUUUUUGGGGUGGGGGAAGAUGGCCCUUUUGCAUUUAGGUUGGCUGGGUUGGAGUGGAGCCUCUUCCCAGGUGGAAGAGGCUACACUCUGGCUUUAAAUCAAGUUUAGUUACCAUUAGAUCUAUCCUAGUCGCUCCAGAGAUUUUGGACUAAAACUCCCAUCUACCACGGUUAGCACUGUCCUGCUGGCCAAGGUGAAUGGGAGAUGGGGUCCAAAAAGUUGGAGGGCGCUGGGUUGGGGAAGACCACAUUAAUUGCUGUAGGAGACCAGGAUUUAUCUGAAAAGCACACAGAAUAUUAAAUGAGCCUCAACGUCAUGACUUUGGUUUUUCUUCUUUCAAAGUCAGUUAUUAUGACCUACCUGAAUGGAUUGUUGUGCAGUUAGAGGAUAAAAUUUUGUAUCGUCUUUUGCGAAUGAAGAAGUGUGUUGCAAAUUAUUAGCUGUUGCAGAAACUUCCGUGAUGCGUCUGGCAGGGUUCUCUGUGAUGAGAGAUGACUUGGGUGGUGUACACGUUUGGUGCUGUACGGAUGUGCUGUUUCAGUGAGAUGUUGACAAGUUAGUAGCUAAAUAUCUUACCGUGAAUCACAUGUGAGCUUCCUCUGAAGAUAACUGAUGAAGGUUGGAUGUGUAAAAAAGUCAACUGGAGUCUUAAGUUCCAGACUGGUGGCACGUGUGGUUUCGGACUUGGCAUAAUUGAACUGAAGAGUCCAUUUCUGAUCAAGCUGACAUCUGUGGAUUCAGCUGGAUUGUACUAAAGCCUAGUGAGAUUAAUUACAUUUCAGUAAGAGGCGCAAAAGAAGUGGUGCAAAAUUAUUAAGUAGUAAUGACUUCGGAUUCACCAUUGUGUGUUGGUGGAAAGGCAUGCAGUGAUUUGGAGGUGUCGUUUUGUUAGGACUUGGAGGACUGGGGCUUAUUGGGGGGUAUGAAGGAGAAGUUGUCCUUGGACAGGUCACAGGAGCUGGGAUAGGUAGGGUGGUUUGGAUUUCUUGAGUCAGGUUGCUGAGUGAGGGUUGGGGUGAGUUUAGGAAAUGCAGGGUUGGGUUAAAGGCUAAAUCCUCGCUAAGAAAGUGACAAAUGAAUGCUGGGUUUAACUCACGGAACUGAGAAUGGAUUGGAUGGUUAGUUAUUGGGUGUCUUGAGAAACUGGUGUAACUCGGGUUGUAUCCUUUAUGGCUUAGCAUAUGGAAGAUGGUUCUUGAUGGACUUUGGGAUAGGGUGUUUUUUUUUAAAAAAGAGAGAUGGUAAUUAGUAUGUUUGAGGCAUGGGCCAGCCUUGGGUGUCGUCAAAGUUCUGGGCAGUGUGAGAUUAUCUGACCUGAUAUCUCCCUUUUUUCAUUUCAGGCCCUGAUGCUUGAAAACCUCCAGAAGCACUCAACUCCUCACACCACCUUCCAACCCAAUUCCCAGGUGAGAGAUGCCUUGUGUGGUUGUGCUACAUUGAGCUGGCUGCAGGGAAGCAGCCCUUUCCCUUUCCCUCUCUGCAGUUGGCCUUGAAAGUCCCGUGAUAAUUGUCUGUGCCCAGUUCCAGUCCUGCCCCCACAGCUGCAGCGUGAACUUAGGGGCUCCUCAGCUUGACUUCCCUGGAGUUUGUGCCUUCCCGUUCUAACUUGCUAGAUCCACCACAACUGCCUAAGGUUGGGGUCAAAACUCUUGCCCUCCUUGUAAGGCCCAGUUUCUCUAUUGUGUCCUGUCAGAUUGGCGAGGAGAUGAGUCAAAACAGCUUCAUCAAACAGUACCUGGAAAAGCAGCAGGAGUUGCUGAGGCAACGUCUGGAACGGGAAGCUCGGGAAGCUGCGGAUUCAGAGAGUGAGUAUAAUGAGCCCCGUUCUCUCUCUCUCCUAAUUCUCCACCCCAGUAGACUUGGGAGGCAGACUGCCUUUCAGAACCAAAGAAUUAAGGCACAUUCUUGUAUUGCUGUUGUUGGCUUUUAAUUCUGUAACCAAAGAGCCGGAACGGAGCCCACACUUCUGCCUAACGGGAACUUUUAAGUCUAAUUGGUAGCUAGCAUAUCUUUUGCCUGCUGCGGAUGUUUGGAAUGAAACCAAAAUGGAUGUCUUGGAACGGUUUGUGUUCUGAGCAGUCGUAUUGCCCACCCUGGAGCUCCUGUGGAAUUUGGAAGCUUGUGCCGCUUUUGAAAAUACUGAUUUUGUUCAUUCCCAGUUAGUGGCACUUUCCACAAUAUUUAUAUUACACAAGAGUCUGUGGUCAUUUUAGGUGGAAAAGAAAAAUGGUACAAAUGUUUCAUCCUGUUCCAUGAAAAAACGGAGGCUCUGACAAUUCAAAACAUACAAAGAGAAGUCUCUGAGGUUACAGACAGCUUCCUUCUUUUCUUUCCUCCUCCUCCUUUAUAAAUUUAUUUAUACCCUGCCUUUUUACCUGACGGGACACAAGGCAGCUUACAGAUGAAAACAAGAACCACUAAAAUCAUAGAAAAGGCAAUUGUUAAAAUACAGUAGUACCUCGGGUUACAGAUGCUUCAGGUUACAGACUCCACUAACCCAGAAAUAGUACCUCGGGUUAAGAACUUUGCUUCAGGAUGAGAACAGAAAUCGCGCGGUGGUGGCAGCGGGAGGCCCCAUUAGCUAAAGUGGUGCUUCAGCUUAAGGACAGUUUCAGGUUAAGAACGGACCUCCAGAACGAAUUAAGUUCUUAACCUGAGGUAUCACUGUACAAUUAAACACUGAUAGAAUUAAAGCUAUACAGUGGUACCCCUGGAUACGAACGGGAUCCGUUCCGGAGCCCUGUUCGCAUACUGAAGUGAACGCAACCCACGUCUGUGCGGGUCGCAAUUUGCCGCUUCCGCGCAUGGCGUCAUUUUGAGCGCAAGCGGCGAAACCCAGACGUGAUGUGCUCCUUUACUUCUGGGUCGCCGCGGAGCGCAACCCGAAAAGGCUUAACCUGAAGCGACUUCAACCCGAGGUAUGACUGUAUAAUCUAAAAAAUCUGUUUAUUUUUUUUUAAAUGAUAUUUAUUGAAAAAAGAGUUUUUUUUAAAAAAAUUACACAAAAGAAAAAACAAGACAGAAUAAUAAUAAUAAUAAUAAUAAUAAUAAUAAUAAAACCAUCAUUCUCCAAUUCUCCACUUUCAAUACCUUCUUUCCUUGACCUCCUCCUCCCUUUUCCUGUAUCCUGUUUUAUAAUAAUCACAGCAAAUCCUUUCCAUAAUUCAUAGUAUUCUGUCAUCAAUUACCUUGAUCUAUUUUCAUCUUAUCUUAUAGAAAACCUUAAAGUUUAAAACUUAAAUCUUAAUUUUUACCAACUUCUCCUAAACCAUAACAUUCUUACCUAGUUCUUUAGACAUUUUUAUAAGAGCCAAAUAGUUUCAUUUCAACAUUUUCCUAACAUUCAUCAAUUUUAUAAAACAGUCCUAAUGAUAAAAAUAAAAGAAAAAAGCAAUCCAGUCUUCAUCCAACGUCCCUUCCUCCUGGUCCCGGGUUUUGUCAGUCCUUUUUAUCCUAUUAAUCUAGCACAUUAACCUGGCAAUCUUAUAUCCGAGGCCCUUAAGUCUCUUCCGUGUCCCUUCCGUAACUCUUCUUUAUAUUUCCCUUUUAUUCGUGGGAACUCCAGCUUGGUAGUGUUUUUGACCCUUUUCAGCAAGACGAUCCCUUUUCCAUAGUCCAGGAUAGGCUCGAUGUAGUAUUUACAAGCAUGCUCCAGAUUCUCAAAAUUGAGAGCCCCCACAGCUCCAAACAUCUGACGGCCCCUUUCCAGACUUGAAAAGUCCAAAUCUCCCUGUAAAGGGGGGUCUAUCCAACCCCCCAUUUCCAAACCAAACCAGAUUUUAUCUUUCCAAGUCUGAUUUUUUCCAAGUUCAUUUAUCAAAUCCAAGAGUUUAUAUUCCUGCUGGGCCGCAGCUCCCUCCGUCUCUGGCGCCCAAGAUUCAGCAAGGUCCUCUUCUUUCAGUUGUUCUGUCAUGGCACGCUCCUGUUUUGAUUCCUGGGUGGGCUCCAUAUAGUUUCCCACUACCUGUUCAAAGGUUCUGGCCGCAUUAGUCAUGAAAUCCGUCUUCUGACUUAACUGAUCCAAUAGGGCAUUUAUUUUACAGAAAGCACCCAACAGUGCUUCUGAAGACAUUGUCCUACAAGGUCACAAAUCCUUUCCCACAGUUGUAAUCAGUGACAGCUGCAAGUUCCCAGGAAUUAGUUACAAUUUCACAGUUCCCCUCUAGGGGGAAAAACUUCUGGUUGUUCUUUUUCUUGAAAACAAUAGCAACAAAGUUUCUUUUUUAAGAUAUUUUGUCCAUAUUUGUUGUUUUAAAAGACGAAAGGAAACAAUUGAGUCACAAUGUUUCUCUUCUUUUAACUAUCUGUCAAAGACAUUUGUUUCUGGUCAAUGAGCUUCAAACGUCAAUUCUGACACCCCGCUCCAGGGUCAGGACGGUGGAAAAUUACUUUGCUUUAGAUUCACUUCUGCAGGUUUAAACAGCUCAAAAAAAGGUCCCCCUUCUUCCCCUGCUACCGAAGGGGGGUUCAGCGAUUUUAAAUGAUGAAAGUUGAUCCUUUAAAAGUGAUUUUUAAGGCUCUAGUUUGCGUUGUCUUUGCUUUGUUCUGACUACGAGGAAACGGAAGGGUGACUUCCUGUUUAAACCUUCCCGUUUCAGUACCAAAUUAGGGUUAAUUUUUAAGUCCAAAUUCCUUUUAUUUCGCCAGUUCUUAUUUGAAGUCCAAAUAUUCAAUGUUCCAGUACUCACGGUUGGUUGUUUUAAAUGCCAAAUUGUCCCAGGAAAAAGGCAGCGCUCUCCGGCAACGGCUAUGCGGCUUCGCUCCGCAGAAAAAGCAAUUGACUCAUAGCACUGCGCCACUUCCCCCUCUUCACUUCGGAGCCCGUUUGUGGGUUCCUUUGCGAGUUGGGGGGGCGCUAAAGGUGCCUGCCGAGUCCCAUGGUCACAGGCUUCAUCCGCCUGUGAUUUCCAGAAGGGUCUCCGCUACGCCGCAGUGGAAAAGACCCGUUUCAUGCGGAGCUAGUCCCUCCAAUUCAGAGGGAGCCCGCCAUUGCCGGUGGCGCCACCCCGGAAGUCCUAAUCUAAAAAAUCUGUUUAAAACAUACCAAUGAUUGCAAUGAAAACAGCAUGAUACAAGCAGUAAAUUCCCAAAAGCCUGUUGGAAGAAUAAAGUCUUCACCUGCCAGCAGGACAGCAAGGAAGGAACCUGACUAGCGUCUCUAGGGAGGGAGAUCCAAAGUCUGGGAACCACCACUGAGAAGGCCCUCUCCUGCAUCCCCACCAAGCCUGCCUGUGAAAGUAGGGUGCUUCCUCCCUCCCUCUCUUUCUCUCUUCCUUCAGUUUAUAUGCCACCCUUCCCUCCCAAAGGAGCUCAGGGCAGCAAGCACAUCAGUAAUAAAAACAUUUGAAAACACAUUUUAAAAAUAGUUGAAAACAUUAUUGCAGCCAGUGACGGUCAGGAACAGUGUUUUUCAGUCAUCAAACGCCUAGGCAAGCAGGGUUGUUCUCAAGUUCCUCCUGAAAGUUAAUAAUGAUGGAUCCAGGUGCGAUUCACCUGGGAGGGAUUGUAGGGGCCGAAGUAGUUGAUAUUAAGGAAGGCGCUCUUUUAGUUAUUGACAAAGCUUCAAUUCUAACCCCAAAGAGUGACCCAAAAAUUCAGAAAAAUUGUGUUAAGUUCCAAAUUAAGGAAUUGGAUAAGAACACUGAAAGAUCGAGAAAUAUUUUGCCUGUGGAAAGAAAAAUUGAUAAGAGGAUUGAAAAGAUGGGCAAAAAGGUGGAGGAAAGGAUGUUGUUGUUUUUGCCUGCCGACUGUGCUGUUUUUAUCCUUAUGGGUGUCUCUUUUCGAAAGGCAGGUUAUAAAUUCCGUAUAGAAAACAAGUAAAUAUGUAACUUGGAACACAAACUUUGAUGACCUGGCAAGUUAAAUGGGUCCUUGUGAAAAAGCCCCUAGUAAAAAAGCAAAGGGAAUGUUAAAAUGAAGUUGAUGAGUUGGAAAACGUUUUGAGGAGAAACAACUUGAUCUUGUGGAGUGUUUCUGAUGAAACAGAGGCCAAACAGCUGGUACUCUCCAGUAAAUUAUGUGUUCGUAUUCUGCACAUUUACUGAGGGACAAGAUAGCAUGGAAGUUUUAUAUCGGGUAUCAGAAUACUGUUGACAGACCACGACAGUCAUUAAUAAAACUUUCAAGAUAACGAUAUAAAACCAUUAAGUAGUUAAAAUCGGAGGUGGUGAUUAACAAAGGUCAUGUUUAAGUCUUCCUUCCUCAGGGAUGCUGCAAGAAGAAACAUGUUGAAAUGUGUGGUUGUGCGACAGGAUAGGCAUCAAUAAUUGGUGCGUUUCUCCCUCUAAAUGAAUUGCUUCUUCAUGCCCCAUUAGGAUACGCAGUGUAUGUUUGUUUUUGAGAAGAAGGUCAGUUAUUUAUUGUCCGCUUUAAGAAAUUUGGAAAUAACAUUGGGGGGCAGUUUAUUUAUUUAUUAAAAAAAAAAACCCUUUGUUGCUAUAAAAACACAAUCAUCUUGUGAAGCUUAGGUGGGCAUCCUAUCUUGUUGAGCAGUGCAAAGAGCCCUUUUCGGCUGAUGAGGUCAAAGGCCCUUGUCAGGUCUAGGAAGGUGAUAUAGAAAGGCGCCUCUCCUCUCGGCAAUACUCCUGCAGCUGGAACAGUGAGAAAAUCACAUUGGCUGCUGACCUCUGAGUUCUAAAGCUGUAUUGUGACAUGGGAUAGACUCUUGUCAGUGAAUGACUGUAAUCUGUUGAGAACCACACGGGCGAAGGUUUUCCCCACAAUACUCCACAGGGAGAUCAAAAUAUAUCAAUGCAGUUUACAGUAAUGCCUAUAUACAGUGCUUUUUUUCUUUAAACAAAUGUUUAGGGGUACUCUCGUUUUGACUCAAGAAAAUCACCAAUUUAUAGUUCAAAUCGGGGGAAAUAAAUACAGUAAAUGGACAAAAGUACAAAGAUUCACAAAAUGUUUAGGGGUAUGCGUACCCCUGCAUCUCCUCAGAAAAAAGCACUGCCCAUAUAUAUAUAUAUAUAUAUAUUUAAAUUAAAACCUGAGAACAUCAGCUAACUGUUAUAAAAGGAUGUAUUAUUAAUUGCCCGCAUAAGCCUGGCAAAAUAGCCAACUUUUCUUCUCUCUCUCUCUAUAUAUAUUUAUUUAAUUUUCCAAACUUUGAAAUUUACAAACCAUCGUCAAACAACCAAAACAAAAAGAGAAUUCCAUAAAUUCCCAUGGACUUCCCUCCUCCCCUUUGUGGGUCCUUGUGUUAACUUUUUUCCUCCUGCAUCUUCUCUAUUAAUACAAUUCUAUUAAAUCUCCAUUACAACCUUAGUCCAACAUUAACGACAAGUAUCAUUCCGAUCCUACUACUAAUUUUAAUUAUUUACAAUGAUUUUUAAGAUAAAUUAUAUAUUUCCCCCAUUUCUUACUAAAAUGUUGGUCUUCCUGAUUCCUAGUUUUUCUGGUCAUUUUUGCCGUUUCAGCAUAGCCCAUCAAUUUAAUCUGCCAUUCUAAAAUAGCCAAGUUUCCAGCAGGCAUUUAUAGGUUGAAACAGAAGGCACCUGCUGAAUCCCUAUUGGCAAAGCAUUCCUCAGGACUGGGCCAAUGACACUAAAGGCUCUUUUUCAUGUUGAUGUCACGUGAGCCUCACCAACUCUGAGGCAACCUAGGUUUGCCCAUAACCCAGAUUUUAGAAUUAGGGGGAUGAGUGCAGCAAACCUUGCCUUCACACACUCCCUCCCUCCUUUCUCCUCCUCCAAAAUAGCCAUGGGAAAAUCAGAGCCUUCUGCUUCCAUUUCAGACAUUACAUCGGAACCCUAAACCAUGUUUUAUCUUAACCAUGGUUUGUUGACAUAAGUCACUUUCUUAAAUGCCAGGUUGUAUCUAACUAGGUUCUACUCAUGGUAGACCUACUGGAAUUAGUGGACCUACAUUAGCCAUCUCCACGAAUGUGAACUUCCUACAUGGCUGACUUUGGAUGCAUUUGCAGUUUCAACAAACCACGGUCAAGAUCAGCUUCGGCUUAUCAGGUUUGGGUGACACAGCAAGGUGUGGUUGGUCUACAGUGGAAGUGAUGCUUCCAAACUCCUCCCUGCAGCUUUGAUUGAUUGAUUGAUUGAUUGAUUGAAUUUAUAUACAGUGGUACCUCGGGUUAAGUACUUAAUUCAUUCCAGAGGUCCGUACUUAACCUGAAACUGUUCUUAACCUGAAGCACCACUUUAGCUAAUGGGGCCUCCUGCUGCUGCCGCGCCGCCGGAGCACAAUUUCUGUUCUCAUCCUGAAGCAAAGUACUUAACCUGAAGCACUCCUGGGUUAGCAGAGUCUGUAACCUGAAGCGCAUGUCACCUGAAGCGUAUGUAACCCGAGGUACCACUGUACCGCCCUAUACCCAGAGGUCUCAUACUUGGGGGAGGGGAACACGUGGACCCGAGAUUCUCCGUUUCUCAUUCUGAUAAUGCUGAACUGCUAUUUAGCAUCACAUCUGAAUCAACUCUGCAACUCCAGGUCAGUGGUGGGGGAAUUUGGGCCCAGGUGCUAAACGUGGCCUGCUGUCCCUCUGUAUUUGGCCCUGAGAAUCCUCCCCAGGCCAUGUUCCUUGCUGACCUUGCUUCUCACUCUGAGCAUUUUUGCCUGCCUGGAAUGUGUCCUUGAGCUCUGAUAAUGCCUCUCGCUUGUUUGGGUGGAGGAUAGAGAGGUAUGUGUGUGGAAGCUAAACUCCUGUGCAAAGAAAAAUUUUUACACUCCUUGCUGCUCCAGCUUUUUGUCUCUGGUAUGUUGUCCUCAAAAGGUUGCUUAGAAGGGAAUGGGACCACCCCUGCUGUAGACAAUUCUGCUUUAAAACCAGAUGUAACCGUGUAAAAGGUCUGAUGGAAUGAUUUUAAGCCAAAUUUUCAUAGCUCUGAAAUAGAGACAUCUUAAUAGACGGUCAGAUCCAGACAUGAUGCAGCAAGAUUGCAUUAGUUAAUUACGGAAAUGGAUGGACUAUGACAAAUGGUAUUUGGAAAACAUGAACCAUUCGGAGCUGGUUACAAUAUUCUGAUGCCAUUAUUGAGAGUCUGGGUUGUUAAGGGCAUGAUAGAUUUUACAUUACUUGUUCUGUAGGGUCGGCUGCAAUUUUGAAAGGGGGGAAAGAUGUACACUAUGUUCCAUGUUGUUUUCCUUGUUAUAGCACAGCCAUGCAACUGCAGGGUUAAUGUGCUUUUGCCUCACCUCUCAAUUGCUAAGAAACAUACUCAUGCAGUUGAUUCCAGUGUGUGGAUUUGAAAGUCUAGCUCAGGGGUAUGCAAACUAAGGCCCGGGCCCAGACGGUCCAGGAAUCAGCGUGUUUUUACAUGAGUAGAAUGUGUUCUUUUAUUUAAAAUGCAUCUCUGGGUUAUAUGUGGGGCAUAGGAAUUCGUUCAUGCCCCCCCCCAAAAAAUAUAGUCCGGCCCCCCACAAGGUCUGAGGGACAGUGGACCGGCCCCCUGCUGAAAAUGUUUGCUGACCCCUGGUCUAGCUUUUUAAAAGGUGUGUGUUCUCGACCCACUCAGAACGUGGCUCCCGUGUACCUGGCUUCCAGAGAAAAAGAGGGCAGGAGGAGGUGCCCCAGACAGACAGGCAUUUGCAAACCUCUUGGCAGUCAUCCAGUUUCUCUGUUCGGAAGAUGUGUUUGCACACGCUUCUGCUGCAGAGGGAUUUGGGUGACCAGGGGGACCAGGUGGUGGUGUUGCUCCCUCCAAACAGCUGGGCAACAUUCCACACCUUGAGGCUUAAGGCGAUGCCCUGUUAGAUGCCCUGUUAGCACAUCCGUUUCCUUCCAUGCCCGCUGAUCGUCAAGGUUGAUCAAAGCUUUUGUUCAGAAUGUGGAUUAUCAGUAACUAUUGUUCCACUAGAUGUACAUAGAUCAGAGGCGAGCCAGUGUAAGAGUGUUUACACACCUGCACACCCACCAGGGAGAAGAGCAACUUCUGGCUAUGCCUCCAGCAAGAUAAGAGAUCAGCCACAUUUGCUCUCACUUCAGCCAAAAUGGAGAGGCAUGGCAGAGGGGAAUGUUUGCUCCUAGCUGUUUGUGUGUUUGUGUACACAUACACAUACACACUACUUGUGUAUGUGAUUGCUUGCUUGAGUAUUAUGAGAGGCUUCUGGUAGUACUCAUGUUGACAGUAAUCAGGAAGAAGACCCAUGUCUUGGGGGGGGCAGACUUAUCUACUUACCAUGCAGAAGGUUCAGUCCCCAGUGAAAUCUCUAGGUAGGGCUAGUCCGUGUACUAUUAUAAUUAUUUCUUCUACUGUUAUUGGUAGUGUAUCAUCAUCAUUGUUCAAUUUAUUGCCCACCCUUCAUCAGCAGAUCUCUGGGCCGGUUAUAGCAACUUAAAACUCAGCCAUCACAACCAAUUAGAAUUCAAUUUUUAAAACAGAUAAAACCAGUGACGGUCACAGAAAUAGGGUAGGUCAUACUGAGAUUGAUGGACCAAUGUUCUGAGAUGUUACCAAGCAGCCUCCUCUGCUCCUAGGGUCAAAAAUGAAGGUACUGGGGUGGGGUUGGAGCCCUUUUAUAUAUAUUGGGGGCGAAUAGAUUGGCAGCUGAUCUGUUUGCUUUGUGAAGAUGUAAUUGAGCCGGAUAAAUGAAAGAAAGUCCUUCCUCACAUAGUGGAACUAUGGACCCCCACCACCACAGGAGGCGGUGAUGGCCUGAAGGGAAGAGGAAAUCGCAGCGUGCCUCCAGCAUGGCCAUCCACUUGGAUGGCUUUAGAAGAGGAGUGGACAAAUUCACGAAGAACAAGAUGGCUACUAGCCAUUAUGACUGUGCUUUGACUCCAUGGUCAGGGAGAGCAAUGCUUCUGAGUACCAUUUGCUGGAAACCAGAGGAGGAGAGAGGAAUCUUGUGUUCGAAUCCUGAUGGCAGGUUUCCAAAAUGCCUCUGGUUGGCCACUGCGAGAACACAAUGCUGGACCUUGUGCCUCUCCCAGCUGCCACCUGAGCUUCCCUUGGGGUGGCCUACCUUGUGUGAGAAGCCAUUUCUGGCCUGACCAUCUGAUGGUUCUCCCCUUCCUUUGCUAGGCAAAAGCUGCAUUGUGUCACGGGAGAGGGAAGAAUCUGAUGAAGAAGGGCCAAGAAGACCAGAGCAGCACCCGACCCGGGUCAGGCAGGUAAGUGGCCGUGAUAUGGGUUGAGGGGGUCAGCGUGGGGAGGUGCGUACGAGGCAUUUGCCCCAGGAGGGGCUGGUGCAAAGCUGCUGGAGGCAUGCUGUGAUUUCCUCUUCCCUUCAGGCCAGAGCUGUAAAGACCCCGGGAGCCGCCCAUGCCCCAAGCAGCGAAGAGCGAGAGACACCUCUCAGGAGUCGGAGGGCAGCCCAGAGGGCUCCUGUGAAAGAGGAGGAGGAAGAGGAGGAGGAGGACGACGAAGAGGACGACGACGAGGAAGACGAGGAGGAGGAAGAAGAAGCUGCCGCGUUGCCGGCCAAACAGACGCCAAAGGGGCAGGCUGAGCCCAGCACCCCAGCUCCCCUGGAGAAGGGCGCAUGCCAGCCUUCCCUGCCCAUUGCCCCACAGGCCCAGCCAAAAGAGGCCACGGCCCAAACCCCGGACGCCCCAGUUUGCGGAGCGGCCAUGCCACUUCUCCCACCCUCAAAGGGCCUCGCAGAGGCUGAACCCGCAGCCCCAGAGUGCAGGGAAGAGCAGCCAGCAACUGUGACGCAGGAGGGGCCCCGGGAGGAAAAGAGGGGUCCUGAGAUGCCAGGGCCUCCAGAAGAGGCAGAGCCCGUCGAGGCCGAAGCCCAGCUACCCGAAGCCUUAAAGGCGGAGGUGGCCAAAGAAGCAGGGCCUUGCCCAGAGGAAAGAGGGGCGACUGCCCCCCGCGAGGCACAAGGGGAGCAGGGGGUGGGCCUGCUGGGGUGGGGGGGCCCUGUGGUCCCUCUGCAGCCCCAGCAGGUGGUGGCAGAGGAGAUCCAGAGAGAUGAGGAUCAGGAGGAAGCAGCCGAGGCCCUGAAGACUCUGGAGGAAGAGACAGCAGCUGCCGCCGCCGCCCUGGUCCAGGACUCCCCUUCCCCUCCGCAGCUGACAGAAGCACAACACGCCCAGCAGGAUGACGGGGGCGAGGAGCCCCCUCCCCCUCUCUUGACCAAGGAGGCCCCCGGGCCCAGCCCUGCAGAAGACGAAGAGGCCCCCCCUCAGCUCUCUCAGCCAUCUCCCCCCGCUCAGGAAGUCCCAGCCGCCGCUGCCAGCCCCGGCCCCCCGGAGGAACGGCCCGGCCCCCCGCCAUCUCCCCUGCAGCGCCCGCGGGAAAGGCCCGCAGGCUCCAGCUCCUCCCGCUCUUCCUCCUCCGCGUCCAGCUCCUCCAGGUCCCGCUCUCGCGGCAGCUCGCAGCCUCGCUCCCGCGCCAGGAGGCCCCGCUCCGGCUCCUCUGAGUCGCCCGCCAGGAAGCGGCGGGCCUCGGGCUCCCCGUCCCGCUCUGGCUCCGAGCGGCACAGCAGCUCCUGCUCCAGGUCUCGCUCCAGGUCGCGGUCCCGGUCGCCUUCCAGCAGCGGCGGCAGCAGCAGAAAGGUGAGUGGCCGGUUUCUUCCUGAGUCACUUGAAGGCGGCGGCAAAAAAGCUGGGCUUCCCACACUGGAUUAUUGUGUCUGUUCAGGAUCACAGAUUCAGUCCUGGUUGGAUAGUCCCAUUGUGCAAUUUUUCCAGAGAGUCAGAGUGGUUUCUUGAACACCUGCCGCCCCCUCUUCCUCUGCCUAGUACUUUCCCCUUUUCCUGUAGGAUUUGCGUCUUACUUUAUUGCCACUUCAACCUGUUGAGGGCACCUUUCCCAGCAGGAAGGAUUUGAAUCCAGCUCUCCUCCACCUCAGCCCAGGCUUUUUAUCCAUGGGGGGGCACCAGGGUUUUCGUGUGUGGUUCCCCGCCCCCUUGUUGUUGUUGUUUUAAUUAGGGAAAUGAGAAUCAAUACAUUUGGCAGGUGUUUCAAAGCACCUUGCAAUCAGCCAGCCCCUUGGUCAUCAGUGGUGUGUAUAAGUGCCCUUUCUCUGUUAUGGCGGCUUCCCCUAGGCCAGUGACCCCAGGUGUUGUUGGACUACAACUCCCAUCCUACCCCCCAGCUCUGCCUUAUGGGAGUUGUAGUUCAACAACAUCUGGGCACCCCAAGUUGAAGAACGCUGCUCACUUACCAGGCUGCGAGCAGCGUUCCCAUACUUGAGAUUAUCCGCUGUCUGCUGCUGCUGCUGCUUAGCAGCCUUUGGGUUUCAAACAGUAGGUGAGGUUUCCAGAGCAGCAGGGCAAUGUUUUUCUCCCCUGGAAACGUGCUCAAUUCUGGUCCUUCCCUGACUUCUGGGCAACGAAUGUACUCCGACGGGGUGAAAAAGGCCCAUGGCUAGCAGCUCAGCAUUUGAUCUCUGUGUCUAGAUGCUGCCCCCUGCUUGAGUCACCAGAGCCUUGUUGGAAGCUGCUGUGAGACUGGGCAUUUCGAGAGUGUCUGGCUCAAAGCAAGAUGUUGCUUAAGAACAAACAGGCAUUCCUAGCUCAGGGCAAGCUCAACCAUGGGAGAUCAUGGGCGGAGCUUGGCCAACUAGAAGCUGCCAAGCUUCAGACGCCUACCACUUGCCUCUGGCCAAAUUUUUCUGUCCCUGGUGUAAGGCAGAGCUUGCCUUGAACAACUUAAAAAUAUGCAUUGUAAGUCUUGCAUGAAAACUGAAUUUGCACCGGGCGUUUGAAACCCAGGGGGGGUGUGGAAGAGGGGUUUCUUUUUCUUCAAAAAAGAAAAGCAACAAUCCUGUCUCAGUGCAUUAUUUGUUUUCUUGUCCAUAUUUAAGGAUUCAUAACUUUAGAUGCUAGGCUAUUUUGUCUACACAACCAUUCUCAAUAGCUGUUAGCUAUAAAGCAUAUUCAAGGGCGCUGAGAGCUAUGAGCCUCUUAUGAGCACUGCGGUAUUGAUAGUCCUUUUAUUCGGAGCAAUCUAAAACUUGCUUUAAAAAUCAUUUGUGCUAGUAAAAAAAUAAAUAAACCCACCUUGCUGGCAAGCAGCUUUAAAAAUCAAAUAAAAUACAUGUGCAAAUGGCAAACAUCUUAAGAGGUGUUCCCUCUUUAAUGGGAGAGCCAGGGCUUUUCUGAAAUUAUACCGGCUGUGACACAUUGGUGAAUCAUCAUCUAAAAGCAAAGAAAGCAUGUUCCCCCAAACUAUUAUUCUUUCUCAGGUUGCGGAUUUAAUCAGUUAAUUGACUGGCUCAGUUUACUUUCCUUUAAUCCAGUCACAAGCUUGCUUCGUGAUUGUGUCUUCCCCUGCUUGUGAGCAGUAGGGGAGAUGUGUCUGUGGAUUAUGUCUCAUUUCAAUGCAGCCUUCCUCAGGUGGGCAGGCUAGAGCCGGCCAUCUAAAAAAACCAAACAACCUGUUUUUCUGCUUUCAGUCCCGUAGCCCUGAAGCCUCAAGGGACGGUAGCAGCUACCCCCACACCAAAGAGACCUCCCCGACAGGGGAGAGCCCCCCACGCCACAGCCCCCAGACCCAGCAAGAUGGGUCAUCAAGCCCAAGGGAAAAGCGAAGAAACACCCUUCCCCUGCCUUCGGAGCCCCAGAGACACCCCAGCCAUGGCCAGGAGCAGGAACAGCAGGAAGAGGAGGAGGAGAUGGAGAUGACAGUUCCAGAGCGAGUACGGAAUGGGGGAGAGGAAGGGUUGCAGGGUGGGGUGUGCAUCGUUUUUGGAGGGGGAGGCACAUACAGGGCGGGGGAGGUCUUGAGAGCCUCACCGUGUGGCCUCUUCCUGCUAAACUAAGCCUUUCCCCACAGGGCAGCCCAGAGCCCCCCACUCCAAUGGAGGCCAGUGGCCUCGACAGCGGGGUCCCUGCCUCGGAGCCACACCGCCCGUCCGAACAGCGGCACAGCGAAAAGUAAGUAUCCGAGGCCGAGUGACCUGGGCAGUGGAGGGCGGAGGCUGAGCAGGCCCCACAUGCACCGCUGGGGAAUGGGGCGCGUAGAGAAGGGAGCCUCCAGGGGCGGCAGCAGGCCCAGGAGUUCAGGUUUGGCUUGAGGCCACGACGCAGCAAUGCCACACAACGCAAUAUGUGACACAGGGCUUUGUUUGGCCCACCUUUGAGCCCCAGAACACGUGGGUGGUCAGAGGCAUGCGCAGAGCGGGCUGUGGGAGGGCUCCUGGGGGAAGAGGUGAUUUCAUAGAAUCAUAGAGUUGGCCAUCUGGCUCAACCCCCUGCAAUGCAGGAAUUUCCAGACGAAUUUACUUGUUUUAGAAAUUCAGGACUGAUACACUACAUAUUUCUAGCUGAACUUGGUUAUUUCCCUGGCAGUACUUGUUAAGCUCAGCAUGAUCAGGGGGUCUCUGUCUAAACCAGCCCCUGUGCGCUCCUAAGGGACAUAUACCUGGCUCAGUGCUGUCAGAGGGGAGACUCUCAGCCCUGCACAAAAUGCCAUCAGGGAAUUAACCUGGGACCUUCUAAAGACCACUCAGUUCUUCUCUGCCCUUCCACAUGCACCUCACUUCUGCACAUACAAGGUUACUUGGUUUCUGGUAGAGGGAUUAUGCUGUUACAGGUUUUAUGAUGAUUCAAAAGUUUUGAUUUUGUUAAAGUGGUCUGUAUGGUCCAAGGCUGAGGGGUGGGCGGAAAGAGCUGGCAUGCCUUGUUAGUGUCAAGGUGUCAUGGCUUCUGGAUCUUGCUGGUGCAGAUCAAACAUGGUCAGGUGGAUGCUUCUGGUAUCAGCAGAGCUGCUCCUCAUCACCCUGGGCUGCUUGACCCCCAACUUCAGUUAGGCUAGGCCGGUAGUGCACACAUGUACAGUGUUUAAGCAGUUCCCAUUCUGUGCUAGGUGCUGUGCUCUAUCUAAAGGCUCUCCAACCCCCCAAAAGCAGCUGCAGCCUCUGCAGCAACAUGCUCCAACGAAUCUCACUUCUGCUUGGGACUGGACCCGUCCACUGGGCCAAACUGAUGGUGAUGGAGUUGCUUUUCAAGGGAUGGCGAGGAGGAGAAUCGCCUUUGACUGAUAUUGCACCAUUGGGGUGGUGCCAGUUAAUGUCUCACUGGAACAAACACAGGAAACGAAUUAACCUGGGGGGGGGGGGGGAGACAAUGCAACUGGUUUGUAGGGCUCAGGUGUUCCAAAAGCCAGUGCUGCCGCCCAGUUUUGUUACCUGAUAGUGGCCAGGAUGGGGAUCCGAGGAGUCCCCCUGAUGUUACUGGACUAGGUCACAGUAAGCAGAGCUGGCUGGAUAAGGUCAUUGGAUCAUUUCUUCACCACCCUGUUCUCACAGUGGCCAACCAGAUACCCCUAAGAAGCCCAGAAACCUCCCAUCAUUAUCCCUGAAUAGUGGCCAUUGCUGACAGUGCACAGUUCCCUGUUGUGCUGUAGUGGGCAGCUCAUGACCCACUGCUGUGCUGCAGACAGGGCAGUGGAAGCUGUUCCUGUGGAACUCGUGCCUGUUGACGCCGCUGUCAAAGGCACAGACUUUCCCAGGCAGUGAGGAGGUGGCCCAAGAUGCCAAGGACCAGACCUGGCUGGGCUGCAUCCUUGACAGCCAAGAAGUGUGGAAGGCUUCGCCCAUUCCCCAAAUGUUGCCAUUCCUCCCUUCGUCAAGAGAGCAGCCCACAUCCCAAAAAAGUCUCUGCAGACUGGUGGUGUUCCCCGCUUUCUUUUUGGGGGUGACACGGAAGUGGGGUGUUGUGCAGGGAUUGGGGGAAGAAGCUGCGAUGCCGAGGCCAAAGCGUGGGUCGGGCGUGUGUGUGUCAAGGGGUGCGCGCCUUGCUUUGCUGCUUGCGCUCCCCUGCAGCCUCCCAUCGCCUCUCCUCCGGCGCCCGCCCCCGCCCAUGCCCUUUCCUCCCCCGCUAUUUCUCCCCUCUCCAUCCCCUCCUCCUCCUCCUCCCCCCUCCUCCCCAAACCCUCCCGGGGGCUGCUGGGAAAGACGGCGGCGGCAAGAUGGCUCCGCCGCCUGUCCGCGGCCCCGGUGCGCUCCUGACGCUGCUUGCGCCGCUCCUGCCGCCGCCCCCGCCCGGCCCCGCGUCGCUGCGGCGCCUGCUGGACUAGAGGCGGAGCGGAGGAAGCGCCGGCCGGGCCAUGCUGCUCUCCGAGAGCAAGGGAGGGUGAGACGGGGCGCCCGGCCUGGCGCAGCGCGGCCGCUGCCUCCAUCCAUCCAUCCUUCCCAUCCACCCAUUCAUUCAUUCAUUCAUUCGCCCGUCCCCUCCUCUGGCCGGCCUUCGCCCGCCGCCCGCUCCCCGCAGUCCCGCCCGGGCUCCGCCGCCUGCUGCUGCGUCCUUCCCGGCCGGGGCGCCCCGCUCUCCCUUUCCCUUUCCUCGCCUCCUUCCCCCGCCCCGCGCGCCUUGCUCGCCCUGCGCCAUUCCCAUCUCGCUCGCCUCUCCUUCCCUCCCCGCUCCCAGAUCUGUCCCCAUCUCCCACCCGAGCCCUCUCCUCUCUCCCUUCGCCGGCCGCAUCCUGCUCCAAGCUCGCUGCCCCCACCCCACCCCGCGCGCAAAUCCCUUUUUCUCCCCUCCAUUCAUUCUCCCCCCAUUCAUUCACUCGCCUCCUGCCCCUCCCCCUCUUCCUUUCUCUGCCUCGCUGCUCCCUUCCCCCUCUCCUCCUCCUCCUCCUCCGGGCCCCUCUGCCAUCCAUUUUCUCUUCCAUUCCCUUCUUGGCUUCAGCCCCCCUCCUUCCUCCGUCCCUCUGCUUUGUCAUGCCCCCACCCUUUCCCCAAUUCUUCCCUUUAUUUGACAGGGUCACUCUCCUCCUCCAGCAAUCCCUUGCUUCUCCCCUUUCUGAAGGGCCCUCAUUUUGCUGCAUCUCUCUCUCUCCUCUCGUUUUCUCCUUUCCCUGGACUCUGCCUCUACUCCCUUCCAGCUGGUCUCAUCAACACCUCCCCACCACUCCCUUUGCUGUUUCUGCAAAUAAUUCUCCUGCCUGCCCUCCUCUUUCUUCCAUUUCUUUCCUCCUCCUGUUUGCCUUCCAACUGCACACUGGCUCUUUCCCUCCAUCCCCUUCAAAUUGCACGUGUCUUUCUUCCCCAGACUUCCUAUUUCCCAUCUCCUUUCCCUCUCUGUCUGUCCGUCACUCCCUGGUCCAUUCUCCCCCCUCCCCUUCCUCCCCACAGGCCUCAGUGGGGCAGGCGGUUCCCUGGUCUCUUAUUAAGGACAGGCCUCUGAGGACCCAUGGGGAUGUUGUGAUACUUUGGGGGAGGCUUUGCAUGAGAGCAAUUUGGGGGAGGGGGAGAUUUGGUUGUGGGAUUCUGUGGCCUGGAAGACGGAAGAAGCAGCCUUGGUGACAUUCUAGGGGUGAAGUGUGUCUAUAAGAGCUUUAGAAGGGAGGGCUCAUAAUUUUGGAAAGUGUUUGUUAUUUUAGGCAUCUGUGGUUGAUUUCUGAAAGGGAAGGGGCUGGGGCUCAGGGACUAUCUUCUGACCCCUAACACCAGAUGUGGGGGGGAGGGGUGGCUGUGCUUUGUGCAUUGGAUAUCAGGAAGGUACUCCUCAUGUGCUCAGGCAGAUUCACAGGUUCUGGGGCUGAGAUUAAGCCUGGGGGGGCAGUGGAGGGAGGUUCCUUGAAGGCCCAAAUGACCUCUAGGAAAGUUACUGAGUGGGGGAGAAGCUAGGCUGGUUGGAGCAUAUUUGUUCACAAAGGUGGUUUUUUGGGGGGGUGGCCAGGAUGGAAGAAAUGGGGGCUAAUGGUAGCUAGAGGGAAAGAGACCCCCAAGGAGAAGGUUCCACUUGAAUAUUGUGGGGGAAGGUUCCAUAGGGCUGUAACAUGCAGUAUUUUCCUGGGCCUCAGCCUUUUCCCCAAGGUGCUUUCUGUCUCUCGAGAAGAGAUGGCUGUGUUCUUUGUACCUGGAAGUCAUUUCCCCCCACCCUCAACCACACCAUAAGUGACUACUUCUCCCUCUCUCUGCACAGUGAGGAGAAGCAAGAGGUGCCCAUGGAGCCGUCCGAGCCCCGACCAGAGAGCGAGGCCCCUGAGCCUGGCCCUGACGAACCCCCCUCCGCGGAGCCCCCCGGACCCGACCCGGGCCCCGAAGACGAGGAGAAGAAAGAGGUAGUGUGUUGGGGCUCCGCUCGGCAGACGGGCAAGGGACCCCAGGGUGCAAUGGGGCAGGCAGUCCUGAGGUCCUGUGGAAAGAUGCCUAGGGGGGACUUUUGGGGGGAGACAUUCCUUAGAGAGGUCAGCUAUGUACCCAGCUACCACCACAGGGUUAGUGGGGCUCAGACUUCCUGCAAUAAGGGCUGGGUGUUUGUUCAGCUCUCAGUUCCACCCCAUAACCUUGGUGGGCAGGUGCUUCUAAUUUAAUCCCUUCCCCAAUCCAGAGCCUCCUCUCAUCCCUUGUGUCCUGAAGUGCCAGGGUGCUGGGAACUUCUGGGAACACUUGUUAGCUUUUGGGUUUAAAUUAUUAUUCUUUAAAUCAACCGAGAAGCACGUUUCUAGCUUGGAUGCUUAUGUAAUAAGAGUUGCAUGAAUGUCUCUUGAGGAAGGUGUCCAGCGCUUUGGGGGAAGGGAGAGAUGUCUCCAGCGCUCUGCAGAACUCCUUGACCUCCCUAUGCACAGCUAGGAAAACCAGAAUAAAUUGUGUAAAAGUGGUGUGGAAUAAAUUAUGCAAAACAAGAGGAAAUUAUGCAGAGAUGCCCAGUUUGCAUAAUUUAUAUGGGACUCAAUAGUUCCGCUUUCCUUGCUGCAGAAUUUGGGUUUUCCGGGGGCAAAGAGUUCUGAAUCCUGAGCAUGAUGCACCACACUUCACCCUGCCUUAAAUGUGGUGUAAAUGUUUAAUGGAAAAUGCCGUCUGCAUGGAUUUACUAGAUAGUGACACACACUCUUUCUCCCCAUAAACUGGGCCUCCUACUGUCAGCUAGCAGCCAAACUUGGAUUUUGGGAGGGUUAACUAUUGAUGUGUUUGCUGAAUGUCAUGUUAUCGAAAGGUUCGUUUUGCCCACGUUCCUCCCUGCCCUGCAUUUCCCAAAUUUGACUCUUCCCACCCCUGAGCCGGGGCAUGAACCUGGCUUCUUCCAUCUCCUCUGUUCCAAAGCGGGGUGGGGUGGGGUGGGGGGGCUCUCGGCUGGGGUGAGGCAGGGCUGUUUUGAGGACACACCCACGCACACGCACGUAACGCGAGCACACACAUGCGAGACUGCUUUCUGUGCUGCUGAGAAGAGGGGAGGGUGGGGACAGGCCUUGCUUCCCCCUCACCCUAAAGAGAGUUUCCCCCCACAACCCCGUUGACAUUCUCCUCUGGACUCGUUUGUUCUGAUCCCCGUUUUAAAGAGGCUCCAAUCCACCGGGAGUGCGAAAGAGAGAGUGAGAGAGAGAGAACCGGAGAGAGAGAGCACAGACGUACUUGAGCAGGCCGCACAGACAGGUACCCGAGGAGGUGGAUGAGAGAUUUGGAGGGGCCACAACAUACUAGGCCUCUCCUGGGACCGUUUCCGCCACCGCUCUCCACUUUGUGGAAAGCCCUCUGGCUCCGUAACCACAGAGCUUCUCGUCUGGGAGCCCCACAUGCGCUGUGGCUCUUCCUGAUUCCGUGGGCCUCUUCUCCUGUCCGUCAAAGAGAGUGCCAUCUGGUCCUUGGGACCCAUUCUGCCUUCGGCUGAUAAAUAGUCAAUCUCCAAAAUCUUAAAGAGCGCUGCUGUUGGAAUCCUGCCUGGUUGACACUCUCAGCAAAAAGGUUCCAGGAAUUUCAGGACUUUGCUGGGCACUCAGUCUGAUGUUGCCUGCCUGGUGCUGUUUGGUGUCUUUUGCCGCCCAUUGAAAAUGUCUACGCCUCCUUCCACCGCUCAAGGUGCUUCUGCUUCGUAUGAGGUUGCCUUUAAGGACUCUGUUUAUUCUGCGGUAGAAUUGUCUGCCUCUGUAAACCAGACGUUCUUUUGACGUCUUCACUGCCGACGAAAUGGUUAUCCUGAGUUUCAGGGGCCUCCACUUGAGAGGAGACAACUCGAGAGAGCUUCCUUCAUCACCUCGGGAGCAAAAGUCCGCUUUCAGAGACUCCCAGCAAGUUCUCCGUCACACUUGGCCAUCUGUGGGAAGGCCCCGACCCGAUGAUACUCAGCUCCUGAGAAGCUGCAGCAGUCCGGCAGCUCCUCUGUUGAAUCUGGGACUCAGCAUCUUGAGAGGCUUUCCCCGAAAUUUGAAGGUGGCCUCCCCUUCCAAUCCCGCUGGUGUGCAGAGCUAACCAGUUUCCACAGCUCUCGUUGCUCGGCACGGGUUUUUCCUCGCGCAAGACCGCGUUUUCUCCGCCAUGCCUCAAGGACUUCCACCUCCACAGAGUUCUCUGGAGUUGCCAAGAGUUGCCUAAGAGGACUUGGUUUACGUAGGGUUCUCUGGAGGUCUUCCCCAUCAAGGACUUGGCAUUUGCUGCCGUCGAGUCGCCCUGCUGCCUGCCACAUGGGCGCCUCUUCCGGAAAAGGACUGUCGAUGUCAGCCGUCCUCUUUCCGCACGUGGUCUGGACGGUGGCCCCGUCACGAAUUCCGUUCUCCGUUGCACAUGCUGACGCUUUCCGCCCGGUGCCGCAGAGCCCCUCGCCCGUCACGGGACUCUUGCUGCCAUGCACCGCCGGUGGUGCUCAGCUCUCCAUUGGCCCAGUCUCUGCCUGCCAAGAACUGAUGCCUUAACCCUCCCCCCCACCGCACCUUGCCAGUGGGGGAGGCGCUUCUGUCUCGCCCUCUCUCCUCUGGGACACUUGGCUCCGACCACCUACCAAUCAAGCGCUAGGUUCCUACCUACCACCAACCAACCACCACCUCUCUUGUCACCCAACCCAACCAAGCACGCACCUUUCAGGCCAGGGAGGGCUCGUUCCGAUUGGACCAGCCGUUGCCUAGAUACAGCGCACACACUGAGGUGCGAUUGGCUGAACAGAAGACCCUGCCCCAGGUGUGAGAGGGUACCUGGAGCACUUGUCCUAAUUUCGUUGAUUUUAUUGUUUGGUUUAAUUUUUUUGUUUAAUUAAUUUUUAAAGGAAAAAAAAAAGUAUCACUUGCACCUUUCCCCCGGGGUAGGCGGGUGGGUCAUGUUUCAGUUUAAAUGGAGGGCUCCCUCCCCUGCAUCUAUUUAUUUUUUUAACGAUAAGGGAGCAGGGGAUCUCUGGGAAACUGAGGCUAGUUCCUGCAUCAACCUGGUUUGGUCCAGCCCCCAUCCUUGCUCAGACUGUGGGGUACGCUAUCAACAGGGUGGUAUUGACUCCCAACCACCUGCUCCCUCCAUUUCCUUGGGAAUCUGCUGUUUGAGGAAUAAAGUGGACGUAGAAAGGGGAUGCUAGCAAGCUGGCAGUUUCUGCUCACCUGGGAUAAAGAGCUUGAGGGUCUUCUGGUGUCGCUGGACUACAACUCCCAUCAGCCCUGGCUAUUGGCCAUGGGAUGGCUGAGGCUGAUGGGAGCUCGAAUCUCUCGACAUCUGGAAGCUCCCAGGUUCCCCUAUCGCUGCCUCUGCACCAGCCUCUCGGGAACAGCAUUUAACGAUAUUCCUUAAUUGGCAUCAGCGCCUCCUUUAUCCCUGCUGAAGCCCAAUUAAUCAACAUGGGGCUAAAGCCACGUGGGAGCUUCCACAAAGGUUCCCUGCGGCUUGGUCCCAGGUCACCCCCAUGAGAUGUGAAGCUCUUCUCUCAUAGAGGGCACACGAAUGAUGCGGUUCCUUCCUGUGCCAGUGGCUGUGGUUAAGUGGGAGGGCCAGUCCUGGCCUUGCUGUCACCUGGGCGCUCGGCUGCUGAGCUGCAGGGAAGCCGAGGGAGGCAUUUGGUGGCUUCCAGACUCCCUUGCAUACAAUGCAGGCCUGAGAGGGGAGCAGAAUUGUGGGAGAGGAUGAGAAUCCUCCUCUUCCCAGCUCAGUGCUGUUGACCAGAGACAGGAAGGCCAUUUGCCCACCCCAACCCCUAGAAAGCCAAGCGGUGGAACUUUGGAAAGGCCUCUUCUUUAACAAAGAGAAUCUGUGUGAGAAACAAUGCAGAACCAUAAGAGUUGGAAGGGACCCCCAGGGGCCAUCUAGUCCAACCCCCUGCAAUACAGGAAUCCCAACUAAAGUGUUGAGACGUAGUUACAUGUUCUGGGCAGAUGGUCAGUCUCUGAAUAAUUGCCUGUUGCAUCUGAGAACCUAAAUACACAUUGCGUCCAACAACCUUGGUGUCACUGCUGUGCCUAAGCCAAAUGGACUCUCUGAGGACUCCAAGCAUUGUAGGUACUGUGGCGGCUAAAAUUCAUUGCCGACACCUGGAAUGUUCUUUGUCCUUUGCUCCAAAGCAGCAGCAGCAGUGGAAGCCUCUCUUAUCCUGGACUUAACUUGGGCUGCCCAGUUCGCCUUGCAGAAAUAAUGCCCAUUGAAGUUGAUCCUUUUUAGGAUCUGCUUGUGCAUAUAUUACCUGCAUUGCCCAUUAAUGUGGCACAACUGGCUUAAGAAAAGGAGAGAAGAGCCAUCCAUUUCUCUGCAAGGCGUUGAGCAGCUAAUCACAAGCCUGCCUUAAAUUCUCACUGUAGCCUAGAAAAGAGUUAACAGCCCUUUGGGUUGUAGUAUUCUGCGUGUGUGAAAAAUUGGCAAGGUCUCAGGUACAGUAGGCCUUUCACUGGGCAGGAUGGAAAGCUGAAGAGUUUUGUGUUAACUUGUGAGCUUGCACAUUUUCUCACCAGAAGGGGCAUGGUUUAAAAGCAAAAUAAUAAAGGUUGCCAAGCCUUGUUCAGUAACUAUCGUGUAUUGAUGCAAAAGCAGCUUCCCCUAUCUGAACCAUUCAAAAUUAAAGUAAUUAGAAUAAUAUCCCAUCCAGAUUUGUCCUAAGAGUUAGGGAUUCUUUGUACCUGUGUUCUAGUACAGUGGUACCUCGGUUUAAGAACAAUCCUGUUAACGAACGCUGCGGACAACGACCUCCGCAAAACCGGAAGUAGGUGUUCCGGUUAGCACACUUUGCCACGGAAGCCGAACACAGCGGUGGGAGGCCUCAUUAGGGAAAGUGUGCACCUCCGUUCAAGAAAGCUUUGGUGUAAGAAUGGAGCUCUGGAAUGGAUUAAGUACGUAACCCGAGGUACCACUGGAAUAGAAUCCUUAGCCCUUGGAUUAGAGUGUAUGUUGUCUCAAUGCUACAGUUAUUUAUUAUUAUCUACCUGUUUUUCAAUUAAAACUUACAUAAUGUCAGGGAAAAAUCAUAUAGAUAGCCAGAUAGCCAACCCCCUACGUUAAAACAACAAAAAAGCAGCAGUAAAAUAACGCCAGUCUUACAUUUCUAAGAUUUAAAAAUAGCAGACCAGACCAAAUUUAUAAAAGUCACGUUGCAUCUUCAGAACAAAGCGAGAAAGCUGAAGUUAUGGUGCUAUCACCAAGAAGUCCUGUCUCUCGUACCCACCCAUCGAGACUUAACUUACAUUAGCUGAGCUUCCGGCAUUGCAGGGGGUUGGACUGGAUGACCCUCAGGGUUCCCUCUGUGAUUCUAGGACAGAGAACGGGGCCUCCAGUGUCAAUUGUGAGAGUCUGAGUAGGCUCAUGUAGGAGCGUUGUGUUGGUCCUCUUAUGCUCGUGAGGACUCAAAACGUGUUGAGUCCAAAUAACACGUUUUGAGUCCAAAUAAACUUCUGAGAGGCAAAAGAGCUCCUGGUUCGUAAUCUGCAUCCCUUUGGCAGGGACAGGAUGUUUCCCACGGACAGGCUGCACUUGCCAUACAGCCACCAAGGGGGGCAGAGUGAGGUGUAGAGGUUCUGCCGUCUCAACUUUAUUCCUGAAUCAGCAGAGGACCCUUGCCCAGCUCCCCAACUCCUCAUCUGGGCCCCUGUUUCAUUACUUAUGCCCUCGUCUCUCCCCCCCCCCUCCCCCAGGUGUGGCGGCCACUUUCCAAACCCCUGACGCUGACCUGACUACCCCCUCUAUGCGGGGCUUUCUCUCUCUCUCUCUUUCUCUCUCCUUCCCCUUCCUCCCUUUUCUCUCUCUCUCUCUCUCUUUCCAUUCCCCCCUUCCCUUUUUCUCUGCAGGGUUCAACGCAGCCCAAGGCCUUCAAGAGGAAGAUAUCUGUUGUCUGUAAGUAAAGGAGCCCUGGUCCAGCGACCACACGGGGCAUCCGGACAUGUUGGAGAAGGGUGGGAGUUAUCCUGGGAUCUCCCCCUGCUGCCACUCCAAUGCAGUUCUGAGGGGAAGGGAAACCAGCAGCAAUGAGCAGCCUUUGCUGCCUUUUCUGGGGUCAGAGUGGAUGGGUUUAGCCAGAAAAUCUGGAGAGGCCUAAUUCAGGCACAGCAGGUCGGCCUUUACCCAGGUUCUUGGUCUUAGUGAGGUCAGAGGGAAUUUUCCCAUGCUGUUUAGGAAGAAACGUGUCGGCGUGUCUUUCUCCCCCCUGGCCUAUUUUUCUCCCACUUUCAAAAGAGAAAACCCAAGCUUCUAGCCCUCAUGGUAGAUGGCCACAAAUUGGGCUGAGUAUGAGCGGUUCUUGGGGAAGUCUGCCUCCCAUGGAACUCAAGAAAGCAGAUCUCUUUCUCUUUUUAGUGCGAUAUUAAGGAUCGGUUGGCUGGUCACUCUUAUUAAAGUAAAUUUUACAGGGCUUUAAACAUUUACAAAGCUCCUUAUCCUUCCCCUCCCCUGUCAUCACUGCGUGGCUUAGGCCGGACUUUGGAAUGAAGGGAGGGGAGCUGGCCAUAUCUUCCCUAACUCCGAGCAUGUGCAGAGUGCGUUCCUGCCCAAGCCGCCUGGAUUUACAGAAGCAUUUGAGACCACGCAUUAGCCCUUGUAGCUGUCUCGAGAGAUGAACCCCUUGAGAGAUGGACCUGAGGGCGGCAGGGAAGGGACGUACCCUCUCUGCCUCCGAGGUACCAUUUCACUGAAAAACAGGGCAGGCUGCGUCCCUGCGAGGGGAGGGGUCUUAGCGUUGGGUCUGCCCUCUUGAUUUCAGCGUCAUCGGUGGCAAAGGGCACAGCGGCAGCGACAAACAGUGACACAGAAGGAGGCCAGCCGGGAGGCCGGAAACGGCGCUGGGGGGCCAGUACAGCCGCCACGCAGAAGAAACCUUCCAUCAGCAUCACCACAGAGUCCCUCAAGGUACCCUGGGCUCACGGCGGUUCAUUUUAGGCUCGGCGCAGCUCCUUUAAUCCUGGCCUGACGCACCCCUCUCCCUUGGUUCCCCCCCCCCAACAGAGCCUGAUCCCUGAGAUCAAGCCCCCGACGGGAGGGCAGGAGGCAGUGGUGGACCUGCACGCCGACGACUCGCGCAUCUCCGAAGAUGAGGCCGAGCGGCACCCGGAGGAGCCCCCCCACGAGAAAGCCCUCAAGAUCUGCCGCACCGUCACGCAGGUUUGUCCAUCACCAGUGGGCUCUGGGUGGGCGUUUUGGCUCAGAAGCAGCUGCAGGAAUGUGGGCUGGAGCAUCUUCUGGGUGGAACUGCAAGGGAAACCUCUAGGGCCUCCCCCUCCAGGCCACCGUAGGCCAGGCAACCUUUGCAUUGUCUUGCCUGCUGAAGGUAGCAGCUGAGCUGCCUGCCUAAGUUAGCACAAGGGGUAGAACAAUGUCCCCUCGAAAAUGCAUACAGUGGUACCUCAGGUUACAGACGUUUCAGGUUUCAGACUCCGCUAACGCAGAAAUAGUCCCUUGGGUUAAGAACUUUGCUUCAGGAUGAGAACAGAAAUCGUGGAGCGGCAGCAGCAGGAGGCCCCGUUAGCUAAAGUGGUACCUCAGGUUAAGAACAGUUUCACGUUAAGAACAGACCUCCAGAAUGAAUUAAGUUCUUAACCCGAGGUACCACUGUAUUUAUUAAGACAACCGGGUUUUUCUUUCUUUCUUCCGUUUGUUCUUUUUUGUGCUUAACGUCAGUGCUUUUUUAAAUUAUGUAAUUCAUAUUUUUCAUAGUAUAAGCAAGUAAGCACUACCUGGGAAAAGCUAAACCAAAGAGAGGUAUACAGAGAUAACCAACAGAGUCUCUCUUUCGAUAGAUCCAUUUCCGUCAGUUGAGAACGAGCCGUGAGGUGUAGGCAGCCUUAGAGUCUCGUCCGAGGUGUUUCCAUAUGAGAUGAAGCUGAGCCAAGUCGCUCUCUAGGCCCAUUGCCCUCGCUAAGCCCGGCCGCAUGUUUUUCUGGCAACGCCGUUGGGCACAUUGCAGGCGCCGCUGCUGCUUCUGGUGGAAGCCCUCUCUUGUCUCUCGCUCCUGAAAAACACAACUUGUUUUUUCUCUCUCCCCCAGGUGGUGCCGGCUGAAGGCCAGGAGAACGGCCAAGGAGAGGAGGAGGAAGAGGAGGAGAAGGCGCACGAGGAAGAGCCGCCCGAGGCGCCUCCCGCCGUCGCCGUAGAGGCAGUCGUGCUGCCACCACCCGUGGAGCACGAAGUGAAGAAAGGUGCGGGGCGAGGGACAGGGGGAGGCUGCAGGGGUGGAAUGGCAAGCAGGGGCCAGAAAGUUGAGUUCCUGCUUCUUGAGCCCCAACUUCCCUUUGUCCCGCCCCUUAGUUACGCUGAGCGACACUCUGACGCGGCGCUCCAUCAGCCAGCAGCGCUCCGGCGUCUCCAUCACCAUCGACGACCCUGUCCGCACAGCCCAGGUCCCCUCUCCGCCCCGCGGCAAGGUCAGCAGCAUCGUCCACAUUUGCAACCUGGUGAGUACGUGGCAAGGGUGGGGAGGGGAGGGCGGCCCUCCAGCAGACACGGAUAAGAAGCCAGACCUGCCUUAACACCCCAGUGGCGUCCUUUUGCGCAGGUGAGACCCUUCACUCUCGGGCAGCUGAAGGAGCUGCUGGGCCGGACAGGCACCCUCGUGGAGGAAGCCUUCUGGAUCGACAAGAUCAAGUCCCACUGCUACGUCACGGUGAGUUUUCCGCCCUGUCUCCCCCAGCUCGGAGGAGGAAAUCCUUGUUUCGAACGCGAGUGCCCUGCAACGGAUUGGCGGAUGGCCCGGAAACGUUAGCGACAGAGCCAAGGGCCACAUUCCCUUCUGGGGAGCCUUCCAGGGGAAAGGUGGGCAGGGCAACCAAGGUCAUCUUUCUCCUUUAUACAGUGGGCUUAGGGACACGGGUGGCGCUGUGGGUUAAACCACAGAGCCUAGGACUUGCCGAUCAGAAGGUUGGCUGUUCGAAUCCCCGUGACGGGGUGAGCUCCUGUUGCUCGGUCCCUGCUCCUGCCAACCUAGCAGUUAAAAACACACCAGUGCAAGUAGAUAAAUAGGUACCGCUCUGGCGGGAAGGUAAACGGCGUUUCCGUGUGCUGCUCUGGUUCGCCAGAAGCGGCUUAGUUAUGCUGGCCAUGACCCGGAAGCUGUACGCCGGCUCCCUUGGCCAAUAAAGCGAGAUGAGUCGGCCACGACUGGACCUAAUGGUCAGGGGUCCCUUUACCUUACAGUGGGCUUGCCUCUCCACGCACUUGCAGGCCCCUCUCUUGUCUUCCAUCCAGGCAAGAAGGAGGCAUUUGCGACACAUUCCAGCCAGGCAGAGCACUCUUGGGGGGCGAAGCGAGGCCAGCCGUGGGGCGUGGCUUGGGAAGAGUUCUGAGGGCCAGGCAUAUUAUGGAGGGCCGCAUUUGGACCCCAGGCCUGCAUUUCCCCACUCCUGCUCCUAGAGGUUCUGCCCCCCGGACUGUUUUCAACCAAGUUUAGUUCCUUGUUAUUUUGUAUCUCUUUAAUUGUUAAUUUUUCUCACUGAUAACUUCAUCAAGCAAGCAAGUGGUGUAUCAGUUUUGUACACUGAAUAAAGCCAGGAUUAGAGCACCUUUUCCCAUCAGGGAAAUCCUGUUCACUCUUUUCUCCAGGAAAGGGUAGUAGCAGCCUUGAAGGUGAAAGACUUGCUUUUUGAAGAACUAAAACAUAAAUUUGAGAGAGAGCCAUAUGCAAGACUGGAGUGUAAUGCAAAAGCCACCUGCAAACCUCGUCGACUGAACAUUUUAUUGGACUUGUGCUCACUUAGUGACAAUCCCCUGCUCUAAAGCAUGAAAGGAAACCAAACUCGGACUUUAAAAAAAAUAAAAAAAAAUCUUCCUACCUUUUCACCUCCCUUUUUCUUUUCAGUAUUCAACAGUGGAAGAAGCAGUAGCAACUCGCAACGCCCUCCAUGGCGUCAAGUGGCCACAAUCAAACCCCAAAUUCUUAUCAGCAGACUUUGCAGAGCAAGAUGAGGUAUGAACUGUGAGAGAUAAGGCAGAAUAGAGGGUGGGAUUUGUUGCUCUCCGUCCCCUCGAUGUCUCAGGAGAGGCUGUAUGCAGUAAACUGGGAAGAUGGGGAGAAGGAGCCCCAUUUUUUAAAAAAAGUCUUUCAGUUUUACCUCCCCUUCUGAGAGGUACAGUGCUGGGCCGGGGCACUUGGGGCCUUCCAGACAAGAGCGUUGCUGGAUCAGGCCAGCAGCUUUCGAGUCAGCAACCUGGUCUUGCUUUGGCUGACCAGAUGCCCUCUGGGAAGCUCAGGAGCAGGACCUGAGCACGGCAGCGCCCUCCACCUCCUGUGGUUUCCAGCAACUGGUAUUCACAAGCCUUGCUACCUCCAACUGCAGGGGGCAGGACAGAGCCAUCACGGCAAGUAGCCACUGAUAGCCUUUUCCCCCGUGAAUGUGACCCAUUCUCUUUUGAAGCCCAUCCAAGUUGGUGCCCAUCACUGUCUCCUGGGGAUGCGAGCGCCACAGUUCAGUUCAGGAAGAAGUACUUUCUUCCGAACCCUUCAACUUCAUUGGAAGCCCAUGACUUCUAGUGUUAGGAGAGAAAGGGGGAAACUUUUCUCUAUCCUCUUUCUCUACGCCACACAUCAUUUUAUCAUCUUCUAUCCUAUUGCUUCGUCCUCACCUUUUCUUUAAACCCCAAACCCCUAAAUGCUGUGAACUUUCUUCAUCCCCUCGAUUGUUUUGCUUGCCCUUCUCCAAAUCUUUUCCAAUUUUGCAUUAUCCUUUUUGAAGCGGGGCGGACGGAUGUCUGGCUUCAUUGCCCAGUGGUCAGCACUGUUUGGACUUGUGAUCCAGCAGGGUCUGGAAAGGCGAAGGCUCCUAAAAGUAGAACGCAGGAGGAGUUUAGCAUCUUAAGAGGUCGGGGCUUCUCGUGGAGAGAAAACUGAACCAAAACAGAACUCCUAAAAAACCUGGUGGACAAUUCAGACUGGACGAAACAGAAAUGAAUGUCUUGCUUCAAGACAUUUUCCUGUGAAACUCAUUGAUGUUGAAGGUUGUGGUGGCGGCCAGUGGAGGUUUUAGAGGAUGAGGCCAAUGUAUGGAGGUUUAAGUCUGCCCAGGGAUAAUAGGCCUGUUGACGUGGAGUGGAAAUUGAGGGUAAAGGCCUGUAAUUUGCUAGGCGGACAUUGCCUGGCCUGGUGGGCGCAUUUCUCAGAGCAAGACUGCUCUGUAGGGGCAGUUUAUUUUUCUGUUUCCAUUGUAUCUUGCCCUUUGGCUCACAAGGAGCCUCCAUGGCCCAUCUGAAGAGCCUGGUUGCUGGAUCUGCCCAUAGGCCCAUAUAGUCCAUUGUCCUGUUCUCAAGGUGGCCAAGCAGCUGCCCCAAUAGGAACCUAAGUGCAACAGCCCUUCCGUUUACGUUCCCCAGUAUAAUGCCUCUGACAGUGGGAGAAUAUCCUCUGCUGCUGGCCUUACCCUCCACAAAUUUGUCUCCAUUCUCUCUGAAAGCCACCCAGAUCUGUGGCCAUCCCAUGGAUCAAAUUCCUGUGCACUGACUAAAUAAGUUUCUCUGGCCUGUCUCGAAUUUUCUGACACAAAAUGGCUAGGUGAAAUGCAAUGGAAUAAGUUGGGAAAUGCUUCUUGAAUGGCCGGAGGGCUGGGCGUUUUAAGGAAAGCCGCCAUGUGUGUCUGAUCUUCCUCCUCCUCCUCCCCAGCUGGAUUUCCACCGGGGCCUGCUGGCCGAGCGUCCCGCAGAAGCCAAGGCGGACGAGGCUCUCGCUCUCCCUGGGGUGGGCCUGGGCAUGCGGGGGGAGCGCGAGAUGUCGCGGCGCUCGGAGGCACGAGAGCGGGAGGCGGCAGUCCGGGAGCAGUGGGCCGAGAGGGAGAGAGAGAUGGAGCGCCGGGAGAGGACGAGGGCCGAGCGGGAGUGGGACCGGGACAAGGUGCGCGAGGGGCCCCGCUCUCGGUCCAGAUCCCGGGAGAGACGCCGCAAGGAGCGCCCCAAGUCUAAGGAGAAGAAAGCCGAGAAGAAGGGUGAGUUAUAUGGGCCCACAGGGUGGGUGGGUGUGUAAAAAUUCUUCCUUCCAGCUCCACGAUGCUGUGAUUCAGCCUUCCCUCUGGCAUUAUCAGGCUGACACAUGAGUGUGACCGUUAGUGCCGCGUGAAUUUUUGAAAUCUCCACCUCGCCUUUCGGCAGUCACCAUUUUGAGUGGCUGAAAGCAUCUGGUUGGGCCUGAGUUCUUUAGGAAGCCAAGGGAAGAAGGCCUGGGAAGCCUCCCUUAAGAGACUGCUCUGGCUUGCAAAGUAUUGGAUCAAUAACAACAACUGUAAGAAUAAAAGUGUGAGGCUGCAUUUGCCCCUCUGAGGUCUCUGCUUCUUCCUCUCUCUCUGCCAACAGAAAAGGCCCAGGAAGAGCCCCCUGCUAAACUGCUGGACGACCUUUUCCGCAAAACCAAGGCAGCCCCCUGCAUUUACUGGCUUCCUUUGACAGACACCCAGGUAAGAGACGCUGUCCUUCAGGAGCGCUCGGGAAAGACAGUAAUAUCAUUUGGGGCUGUCUGGGCUGGCAGGGAGAUGGGCUGGCUUCCCCUGUCGGGUUAUCCUUGUAUAUUAUUAAGGGUGAAUAAGCCAAGGAAUCCAGAACGUUGGUCAAAAUCUGCCCUCGCGCUCAGAUCCUUUGGGACGCUGGGUCAAAUGGACAGCGGGAGGGUGCAUACAUUUCCACCUUCUCUAUUUCCCUGAGGACUAGAAACUUAUUUCUAAAGGGGAAGAGAUGUUUAUUUCUGCAGGCCAAGCAGAUGUUUUAUGCAUCCUUUGUUUUUUUUGCCCAACUUCUGCUAGCUGUCGUAAAGAGCCAUUCGGCCUUUUCUGAAGGAAAGCUUGGCGAUAAACCACAUUAUUAAAUGGAUUCUGCCCGGGUACACGGGGGCUCUGCCCUCCUGGUCCGUGGGGCUAUUUUCAACCUACCUUUUCUCGCUCGUUGUCUUCCCCUUAGUACGUUCAGAAGCAGGCCGAGCGGGCGGCCAGGGCCCGGGAGCGAGAGCGCCGGCGCAAGGAGCAGGAGGCGGAGGAGGCCCGCCAGCGGGAGCGCAGCCGCCAAGCCGAGCGGGAGAAGAGGCGGGAGCACAGCCGGGAGCGCGAACGGGAGCGCCCCAACGCCACAGGAGGCGGGGCCAGCAGGGGGGGUGAGCGGAGUGGCCGGGACCGAGAGCGGCGCGAAGCAAAGGCCCGCCAUAGUCGGAGCCGGAGUCGCAGCACGCCUGUACAGGACAGGGGGGGGCGCCGCUGACCUAUUCCAACUUCUUUACUUUGACCUUCUGCGGGGAGGGAGGGGGAGCGGUGGCGGCACUUCCUUCCCCCACCCCCUACCCCAAAUCUAGCCCUGGUUUUUUGGGAGAGGACUGGGACAGCCAGGGAUUGGGCUCCCCCUUUUCCAGCAGCUCUUGCGAGGAGGGAGGGGCGUGCUCGGCGGAUGUCAUGGCUGCGGCAGGCAGGAGGGGCCUUCCUCCUCGGAAAGUGGGGCGGUUUUUAUCCCCAGCCCUCCCGCUCCCCUCUUCUCCCGGGGCCAGUUCCCUCCCCGUUCGUUUGUAUUUUAUUUUGGGGAAAUCCUUUUUUUUUUAUUCUGAUGAAUACAGGAAAAGAGAACAUAAUAAAGAGAUGGCGUUAGUUUUAUACCCGC